UAAUCUUGCUGAACAAGUGGACAGAACACAGAGGGAGAGAUUUACACCAACAUGAGCUUUACCAUCGAAGAGAGGGGGAGGCCGAACACCCAGGACUACAGAGUCUUUUUCAAAAACGCAGAGGGCAAAUACAUCUCUCCCUUUCAUGAUGUCCCCAUCUAUGCAAAUGAAGCAGAUAACAUUUUUCAUGCCAUUGUGGAAGUUCCAAGAUGGACAAAUGCAAAGAUGGAGAUAGCCACAAAGGAUCCUCUUAAUCCACUAAAGCAGGAUAUGAAGAAGGGGAAUCUUCGUUAUGUAGCCAAUGUGUUUCCCCACAAAGGCUAUAUCUGGAAUUAUGGGGCCAUUCCACAGACAUGGGAGGAUCCCGGUCACAAGGACAGUGACACAGGAUGCUGUGGAGACAACGAUCCGAUUGACAUCUGUGACAUUGGAAACAAGGUGUGCUCUCGGGGAGAAGUAAUCAAAGUGAAGGUGUUGGGAACCCUGGCUUUGAUCGAUGAGGGUGAAACCGACUGGAAGGUCAUUGUGAUCAAUACUGAGGACCCAGAAGCCAGCGACUUUAACAAUAUUGAUGACGUAAAGCGGCUUAAGCCAGGUUACCUGGAAGCCACUGUUGAUUGGUUCAGACGAUACAAGGUUCCUGAUGGCAAACCUGAAAAUCAGUUUGCUUUCAAUGGCGACUUCAAAGACAGGGACUUUGCGAUACAAACUGUGAAGAGUACACAUGAAUUUUGGAAAGCACUGAUACGUAAGAAGAGCAACGCUGGCGAGUUAAACUGCAUGAACACCAGUGUUUCUGACAGUCCCUUCUGCUGCUCUGCUGCAGAUGCUGAAGCUGUUGUUAAGUCUGCAUGUGCUUUUGGAACUGAGGAACCCAUUCCAAACUCAGUUGAUAAAUGGUUCUACUAUGAAAAGUAAGAAUGUCAACCCACGCCAGGAACUUGAAGAGAAUCCCUCUUCCUCCAUAAAUCCAUUAUCAAGUUUGGAACAUUAAAUCUGAACUAACUUUGAACCUCUUUGUUCCACCAUGUUUUGUGAAUGUUAUUCCCAGCUGAGUAAAAUUAUAUUCUUGUGAAAACACCCUCAUACUUCUUUCAUUCUUUUAUGAACAACAGUCCUUGAAACAGUCAUGACAAAUUCCCUAAUAAACAACAGUGUCUCUUUGUA